AUGUUCAGCAGUAGCAAGAUCGCCGCCGUGUGUCUCGCCGUCGUGGCGCUAACCAACAGCGCGUAUGCUGAGAAGGAGGCCGCCCAGACGUUCGGACUGCUUGGCGCUGGUCUGCACGGUGGUGCGGGACUCUAUGGAGCUGGCGCUGCCGGUCUUCAUGGUGGAGCCGGCGCUGGUCUGCACGGUGGUGCGGGACUCUAUGGAGCUGGCGCUGCCGGUCUUCAUGGUGGAGCCGGCGUUGGUGCUGGUCUGUACGGUCGAGGUGCCGGCUAUGGUGGUGCUGGUGCUGGGCUGUACGAUCGAGGUGCCGGCUAUGGUGGCGCUGGUGCUGGUCUGUACGGUCGAGGUGCUGGUGGCGUUGGUGCUGGGCUGUACGGUCGAGGCGCCGGAUAUGGUGGCGCUGGUGCUGGUCUGUACGGUCGAGGUGCUGGUGGCGUUGGUGCUGGGCUGUACGGUCGAGGCGCCGGAUAUGGUGGUGCUGGUGCUGGGCUGUUUGGUCGGGAAGCCGGCUACGGAGGCGCUGGUGCUGGGGUCGGAGCUGGCGUUGGCGGCGCGGCCCUCGGUAACGGAUACGGCGGUGUUGGUGUCGGAGGAACUACCGGGUGUCGGUGCUGGUGCCGGUGUCGGAGGUGGUCGUUGAGUGGUAACGUCGGUGCUGGCGUGGGCGUGGGCGGUAAUGCUGCUGUCGGCGCUGGUGUGGGCGGGGCUGCGAACGGUGGAGUGAGUGCCAAUGCUGGUGUCGGCGCGGGAGUGAGUGGGAACACUGGUGCUGGCGUCGGAGGUGGAGCGAGUGGAGGUGCUAACGGUGGAGUGAGCGCCAAUGCUGGUGUCGGAGGUGGUGUCGGCGGAUCGGCCGGUGUCGGCGGAUCGGUCGGUGUGGGAGGAGCGGCAAGUACUGGUGCGGGUGGAGCUACGACAACGACGGACGGCAGAACUAGCACAUCUACGUCGCAGAACGGCGGGGCCAAGGCAACUGCAACUACUACGACUGCAGGCACGACCACCGGCACCGCCGGCACGGGUGCUUCGACGAAGCAGACAGGUUAUCGCAUGCUGCGGUCGCAGUGA